GAGUAAGGUGAGUUUGUGAGUUGUUCCCGGGAAAAAGUCCAUCUUUUGUGGUAAAGUUCAUCAAAAUAGCGUUGAUAGCGUUGGCAAAAGUUGUUGCCAGCCUGAGCAAAACGGAUUUGAUUAAGCGUUGUGUAGUUUAGGUGUGAAAAUAUUGUAAUAUUGUGCCGGGUGAAGUCUUAUUCCCCGACAGCAGCAAUACACGGCACAUGUGGAACGCAGACGUGUGUGCGUGAAGAGCAAGUUAAGGCAGGGAACGAAGCAAAGUUUGGUUCAGCUGGCUAGGAUAGUUUUAAGUCUAAUUUCUCUUGGGUUACUGUGAAGAAUACUUUCGACGUGUUGGGGAUCUUUGAUAAGGAAGGUGCACGGCGAUCGAUUGCUCUCCCGGGGCAACAAGGCACAUCUGUGUGUGCGUGUGUGUGUCGUAUAGCGGCAAGAGUCUCCGACGUCUGGCGGUGUGGCCGGUACGCUCACUCUAAGCAACAUCAUUCACCAUGCCGCAGAACGAGUAUAUUGAGCGGCACAUUAAGCUGUACGGUCGCCGGCUCGAUUAUGAGGAGCGCAAGCGUAAGCGGGAGGCUCGCGAGCCGAAGAAGCGCGCCGCCAUGGCCCGCAAGCUGCGGGGCAUGAAGGCGAAGCUGUUCCAGAAGCAGCGCCGCAACGAGAAGAUCCAAAUGAAGCGCAAGAUCCAGGCGCACGAGGAGAAGAAGGUGAAGAAGACGACCGAAAAGGUGGAGGACGGUGCGCUGCCCCCGUACCUGAUGGAUCGUGGCAUCCAAUCGAACGCCAAGGUGCUGUCGAACAUGAUCAAGCAGAAGCGCAAGGAGAAGGCGGGCAAAUGGGACGUGCCGAUACCGAAGGUGCGCGCCCAGGCCGAUGCCGAGGUGUUUAAGGUGAUCCGGAGCGGCAAGACGAAGCGCAAGGCCUGGAAGCGUAUGGUCACGAAGGUGACGUACGUCGGCGAGAACUUUACCCGCAAACCGCCCAAGUACGAACGCUUCAUCCGACCGAUGGCGCUGCGUAUGAACAAGGCGCACGUGACGCACCCGGAGCUGAAGGCCACCUUCCAUCUGCCGAUCAUUGGCGUGAAGAAGAAUCCCUCCUCGCCGAUGUACACGAGCUUGGGCGUCAUCACCAAGGGUACGGUGAUUGAGGUGAACAUUUCCGAGCUCGGUCUCGUCACACAGUCCGGCAAGGUGGUGUGGGGAAAGUACGCCCAGGUGACGAACAACCCGGAGAACGACGGUUGCAUCAACGCGGUAUUGCUGGUGUAAAGCAGCGGCGGAGGGAACGGGGGGAAAGGGAUGAUAUAUUAAGGGAGGGGAGAGGGAAUUGGUCUGAAUUGGAUUUGUCGCAUCCGGUUCAAGACGGACGGCGUAAUUCUUCAGCAGUGAUAGUGCGCUAGGUAUUAAGCUUUUCUUAUCUAAGAGCAGGGAUAAGUUCGAAUCAAACAAAUCUCUAGCGUAAAGGAGAAGGCACAGGAUCAGGAUUUUUGUACAAACGAAACAACAAGCCCUGAAUAAGAAAGGACCGUUGAAAUAUGGCGCGCUACAUUGUUUAGCGACCGACAAUUUAACAACGCUCGUGUUAUCAACUCGCAUUUUGAUGAACGAAACACUCUCUCGGAUACGGAGUAGUAGAACAGGGGGAGAGGAAUUUUGUAUUCUAUCGUUCUAACCAAUAUUUACCCCGCUUGGGUGUGCAGACGGUUCAAGAUGCAGAUCUUCGUCAAAACCCUCACGGGUAAGACCAUUACCCUUGAGGUCGAGCCCUCGGAUACGAUCGAGAAUGUGAAGGCGAAGAUCCAGGACAAGGAGGGAAUCCCGCCAGAUCAGCAGCGUCUGAUCUUCGCCGGCAAGCAGCUGGAGGAUGGCCGCACGCUGUCCGACUACAACAUCCAGAAGGAGUCGACCCUUCAUCUGGUGCUGCGCCUGCGCGGUGGUGCCAAGAAGCGCAAGAAGAAGAACUACUCCACCCCGAAGAAGAUCAAGCACAAGAGGAAGAAGGUCAAACUUGCUGUCCUCAAGUACUACAAGGUAAGGGGCAAUCAGUUCAUUAUUCUUGUGUAACGCAGAUUCACUUAAAAACAAUCACUUAUUCUAUUCUCCUUGUCCCCUGGCACAGGUCGACGAGAACGGAAAGAUCCACCGUCUGCGUCGUGAGUGCACCAGCGAGUCGUGCGGUGCUGGCGUGUUCAUGGCUGCCCAUGAGGACCGUCACUACUGCGGCAAGUGCCACCUGACGCUUGUCUACUCGAAGCAGGAGGAGAAGUAAAAGGUGAAAGUGGCGUGAGCGGAGGGUGUACGGCGCGCUUGGCCGUAUCAGUCUUGAACCCCAACCACACCAACCCCCCUCCACACGUGUAAGAGGCGCGUGCUCGCUUCUCAGGUUGCUUUUCCACUUCUUCUACCUGAGUUUAGUGUAAUCGAUGCGGCAGCGUGUUGUCCUCUACACGGUUCCACACAAACUGGAAGGGAAAACAAUAAAGAUGAUACGGCUAUCGUGUCCUGUAUUACAUUAACAUCUAA